GCAGAGCCGCUCGGAGGACCGAGCGAACAUAGAGUGGGCGGCGCAGAGCGGUUCCACUUCCGGGGGCCGCCAGAGUUUUGUUUCCGGGGGCGGGCAGCGGCGGCGCCCGGCGGCGGAGCGCGGGGAUGCCGGAGAUCGGGAUCCGCCAUGUGGUGUCCGCGAGCAGCGCUGACCCGACUCACUGCGCCGAGAACCUGCUCAAGGCCGACACCUACCGCAAGUGGAAGGCGGCGCAGGCGGGCGAGAAGCAGCUGUCGGUCAUCCUGCAGUUCGAGAAGGAGGAGCGGAUCCACAGCAUCGACGUGGGCAACGAGGGCUCGGCCUUCGUGGAGGUGCUGGCCGGCAGCUCCGCCUCGCCCAGCGAGCAGGACUACGAGGUGCUGCUGGUCACCUCGUCCUUCAUGUCGCCCUCGGAGAGCAAGGCCGGCACCAACCUCAACCGGGUCCGGAUGUUUGGCCCGGACAAGCUGGUGAAAGCAGCAGCCGAGAAGAAAUGGGACCGGGUGAAAAUUGUCUGCACCCAGCCCUACACCAAGACCCUGGCAUAUGGGCUGUGCUUUGUGAAGUUCCAUUCGCCGCCUGAAAACAACGAAACCCAGUCAAAAUCUGCCUCCCCGAAGGUGACCAAGCUGGGCCACUUUAAGGUGAAGGACGAGGACAGCAGUUCUGCCUCAAUGAGGCCUGGGGCCCUGUUCUUCAGCCGAGCUACCAAACCACUUCUCACACCGCCCAGAGCCCCGCAGACGGAGGAACCGUCCCCCAGCUACGCCGUGGCCACCCUCCAGGCCAGCACACCCGGCGCCCCCUCCCCUUCCGCUGCAGAGAAACCCACCGCCAGGACCUCCCCCAGCCGCGCCGCAGCCUCCCCCAAGGAUCCGGCUCCCCCCAAGAGGAAGUUUGAGUUCAGCAAGGAGAACUCGUCCCCCGUCUCUGCUCGGAAACCUGACGCCGAGGCCCCCCCCCCCACGCAGCCGGCCCCCAAGAAGCCCAAAGCCCCAGAGCCGCCCCCCCGCAGGCCGCCAGCCCCCAAGAAGCAGCCGAAGGAGCCAUCGCCGGAAGGGGCGGGGGAGGAGUUUCAUCGCCUCCUGCAGGGGACGGUCUUCGUGCUGAGCGGCUUCCAGAACCCCUUCCGCUCCGAGCUGCGGGACAAGGCGCUGGAGAUGGGGGCCAAGUACCGGCCCGACUGGACCCCCGACAGCACCCACCUCAUCUGCGCCUUCGCCAACACCCCCAAGUACAGCCAGGUGAAGGGCCGCGGGGGCACCAUCGUGCGCAAGGAGUGGGUGCUGGACUGUCACCGGGCCCGGCGGCGCCUGCCCUGCAAACGGUACCUAAUGGGCGGGCCGCCCGCCUCAGGCAGCGAGGAAGAAGAGGAGAGCGAGGAAGAGCCGCCCGCCCGGCCCCGCAAGACCCCCUCCCCCCGACAGGGAGCCGGGCUGCCCAGCUCCAACCACCAGGGCAAGGCGCCUGCCAGGGCCCAGCCGCCUCGGGGUGAGUCCUCGGGGGAGGAGACAGAGCCCGGCACCUCCCGGGCCCACGCCGGCAACUCGCGGGCCGGGGGGGAGAGCUCCACGGACAGCGGGGAGCCCGCAGGGGCCAGAGACAGCGGGGAGGGCGACUCCGGCGACACGGACGACGAGCUGAGGAGGGUGGAGGAGGAGCACCGCAAGAAGCAGCAAGCGGGUCGGGAGGCGACUCCGGACCCCGACGAUGACCCGUACGGCGGCUCCACGGACGAGAACACGGAUGUGGAAGAGGAGCCGGAUCAGCCCAUCCCGGAGCUGCCUGAUUUCUUUGUGGGCAAACGCUUUUUCCUGUAUGGAGAUUUCCCGGCCCAGGAACGACGCCUCCUGAAUCGCUACAUCACGGCGUUCAAUGGGGAGCUGCAGGGCUACAUGAGCGAGCGGGUGAACUACGUGGUCACGGCCCAGGAGUGGGACGACACCUUCGAGGAGGCCCUGAACGACAACGCCAACCUCUCCUUCGUCCGCCCUCGCUGGAUCUACACCUGCAGCGAGCGCCAGCGGCUCGUCCCGCACCAGCCGUACGUGGUGGUGCCGCGAGCGUAGGGCGGCGCUGGGGGUCCCGCUGGCGCGGGGGGGCUGGGCGCUCCCCUGUGUACAGACAUCACGCCAGGCGGGGGCAGUUUUCACUGUUCUUGGUCCCUGCCUCGGCCUCCUGUUUGCAGCAAUGGCAGGGGCUGAGCUGGGCUGUGCCGGGGCAGGGCUGCCCCCAAUGUACCCACCUCCCCCGGCCAGACUCCCUGUUCCCCUCAAUAUCCCCCCCUCUCCAAGGCACCCUCAGCCCCCGCCUCUAUCCCCUUUUCCGCCAGCGCCGUCAUUUCUACCCCUCGGGUUAAGCCGGAAUUGAUUGUGUGCGGACGCCCCCGCGGGGACUUGAACCCGGCUUCUCGCUGGUCGCCUGCCGUUCGAACCGGGCUCUGCAGCCAGGUGGGCUCCCCCCGUCCCCUGCACCCGUGUGAGUUAAAUCCACGGGGCUCCAGCUGGCCGGAGUCUGGGCCUGGCGGUGGGGAGCCCGAGGGGCUGGGUUAGAGGCUAAACUCCGGAGAAUUUACCAACCCAAAGGAAAUGCAGGAAACCUUCCCUCCCUGCCUUACCGCCCUGGGAUCAGGGCAUCCGGGGGCCGCCCUGGGAUCGGUGCGGCCGGGGAUCCGUGCGG